AUGGCAGGAUACAGGUUGAACAUUGACUCGGCAGUAACGACGGUCACACAAAAAAUUAGGCACUUUGGUGCUGAGCUAGACUCUGUGAUUGAGGCAGAGGUAGAAAAGCUACUCAAGGCUGAUCAUAUUCUGCCUAUCCCGUUCCCUGGUGGCGUAGGUGGCGCUGGGCGUGAUUGUGUGCGGUGGUACGCGGCUGAGCAUGAAAAGGACACGAUUAUGCACGGAUGGCAGCUGCAGGAUGUUCAGGGCUAUCGCCAGUGGUCAAGGUUGAUUGCUGAUGACUUCUUGUUGUUUCUGGGGAUGAUUAUAUUUUCACAAGGAUACGAGUAUAUACCUCGAGAUUUUCUGUUGUAUGAUUGGUCACCAGCUCCGAUUCAUCAUGGUGGAUGA